AUGGCCUUCACUUUCGCCGCUUUCUGCUACAUGCUGUCCCUGGUGCUCUGCGCUGCGCUCAUCUUCUUCGCCAUCUGGCACAUCAUUGCCUUUGAUGAGUUAAGGACGGACUUUAAAAGCCCCAUCGAUCAGUGCAACCCUGUUCAUGCGAGGGAACGGCUGAGGAACAUCGAGCGCAUCUGCUUCCUUCUGCGAAAGGUCAGUUCCAUCAGCCCUGGAGGCAGAAGGAAGGGGCUGAGGCAGGAAGGGUCACAACUGGUGCUGCCAGAGUACUCCAUCCACAGCCUCUUCUGCAUCAUGUUCCUGUGUGCCCAGGAGUGGCUUACCCUGGGGCUGAAUGUCCCUCUACUGUUCUAUCACUUCUGGAGGUAUUUCCACUGUCCGGCAGAUAGUUCAGAGCUGGCCUACGACCCGCCAGUGGUCAUGAAUGCAGACACCUUGAGCUACUGUCAGAAGGAGGCCUGGUGUAAGCUGGCCUUCUACCUCCUCUCCUUCUUCUACUACCUUUACUGCAUGAUCUACACUUUAGUGAGCUCUUAACCUAAAGGCCACACACAUCAUCAGAGACCGAGAUGGG